UGGGUUAAUGCAAACUUUCCAGGAAGCACCCAGGAUGGGAUAUAAAAGGUGGAUUUUUUCAUUUCUAUUAAUGUUUGCUGCAAUAAGGAAACUUCCUGCAGAAGACAAAGCUUGUGACUUCCCCAAUAUAGAAAAUGGAAGGAUGGCACUAUAUUAUUAUAGUUUUCAAAAAUACUAUUUUCCAAUGAAGAAAGGUGAAAAGCUUUCAUACACCUGCUUGGCUGGGUUUUCAACUGAAACUGGGAGUCAAAAUGCAAGGGUAAACUGCACAAAUGAAGGCUGGAAACCAGUCCCCAAAUGUUACAGUAAGUCCGCUGAAGAGAAAUGUUCCCAACCUACUUUGGAUAAUGGUGUUUUUUCUGAUACAAAACUGUCCUACAACAUCUGGGAAAACUUAGAAUAUAGUUGCCAUUCAGGCUAUCAAACUCCAGAAGGCAAGAGGGAUGCAACCAUACAAUGUCUUCAAGAUGGAUGGCCAGUUCAGCCAGAGUGUGUGGACGCAACUAAAAAACCUUUAGAGACUUGUUUAGCACCAGAUCUGCUGCAUGGUCACUAUCAUACAGUCCAGAGAGUGUUCAGUGUAAAUGACAAGCUCAGAUAUGAAUGCACUGAUGGAUAUCUUACAGCUGGAGGAAACACAACAGAGGAAGUACUAUGUCAAGUUCAAGGCUGGUCUCUUGUUCCCAAAUGUACUAAAUUAGAGUGUUCAUCUCCAAAUCCUGUUGAGCAUGGAGAUGUCUACCCCAAGAAGGGCAGUUAUGAAGAAGGAGAUGUAAUUCAGUUUAUCUGCUUGGAAGGUUAUACUUUGAGAGGGUCUGAGUUAAUUCAGUGUUAUUACUUUGGCUGGUAUCCAAAGUUUCCAAUAUGUGAAGAAAGAAGAAACAAAUGCCCUCCUCCACCUCAGCCCCCAAAUACCAAAUUACUAACCAAUUUAAGAACUUACCAUCCAGGAGACAUAAUACAUUUUCAGUGUGAGCAUUCUUUUCAACUUAAUGGAACUGGAGAAAUCCGAUGUGAGAAUGGCAAAUGGACUUCACCUCCCAAAUGCAUAGAUGUGGGCAGGCCACUAACAACAGAAGAUCGUCAGAUUGUAGAAACUGACAGAAAUUGCAAUUCCCCUCCUGUAGUUAAAAAUAGUAUUGUUAUUAAUGAUGUUGUUCCAUUGGCAAGUUACAAACCUGGAUCUCUAGUGGAAUAUGCAUGUCGUCCUUUGCAUAUAAUGAAAGGAUCCAAUACAAUUCAUUGUGUCCAUGGAGCUUGGACUGAGUCACCAAUUUGUUUGGAGCCAUGUUUAGCUAGGGAAGAAAUUCCUGGCAAUUACAACAUAGAAAUGAAAUGGAAGCUUGAAGAAGAAUGGUAUUUCCAACAUGGUGACAUUAUUGAAUUUGCAUGUAAACCAGGAUAUGUUUUGCCACCCUUAGUCUCAGAAUCCAAAUUGCUGGUGCAAUGCAAUAAUGGACAACUGUUAUACCCUCAGUGUAUUCUCAAAGGCUUAAGUGCUAACUGUGGUUCUCCACCUUCCAUAGAAAAUGGGGUUGUUAUAGGCUCAUUAACAGAAAACUAUGAAGAUGGUUCUUCAAUACAGUACAGUUGCAAUGAACAUCAUGUUUUGCAAGGCUCCAGAACAGUGUUUUGUUCAAGGGGCCAAUGGACUACUCCACCUGUUUGUAUAGAGCCAUGUACCUUGUCACAGGAAGUGAUGGCAAAAAAUAAUUUGCUUCUGAGAUGGAGUUUUGACAAUCGACCUUAUUUUCUUCAUGGAGAAUUUGUUGAGUUUAUGUGCAAAGCAUACCACACUGGAGUCUUAUCAAGUUCACUCCCUGAUUUUAGAGUACAGUGUCAGAAUGGACAACUAUUGUAUCCACAAUGCAUUAGGAACAACAGAUAAAAGAACAUGGAAAAAAACCUGGGUGACUUCUCGGCCUCAUACCAUGUUGCAAGAAGCUUGCCAAAUUAACUUGCCUUACCUUUUUUACUGCUGGAAGACUAUAGUCACUCAGGGUUAUUGGAACAGCUGUAACAUAAUUUGAAGAUGCUUGUAAAGAGAAUAAUCCCAUGAUCUGUUUAUUACAAUAUUUAUUAUUGUAAUAAAUAUUCAUAUUUAUUACAAUAAACAUCGGCUUUGCAUUUUUCCACUUCAGUUUUUUUUUUAAAUGCCAAAUGUAUCAAAUUCCUCCAUGUUCUUCUUUUAUUUUUCUUAUUAGUAAUUUACUUUACAGGACUUUUUCAUAAGUCUGAUACUAGUCAACAUGCUCCAGCUACUCUUAGGUGACCGGGUAACAGAGAGAUUGACAAACACAACAGCAAGUUUAUUAGUCACAGUCAUUUUAUAUAUUAAGCCUAUUCUU